AUGGGUGAUUCAGAGGAGGUGAGUCGGGUGUCUUCCUGCACCAUUGCUCCGGCCAAGGCAUCUCAGGAGCAGCAGCUAGAGGUGGCGCCUUCGAAACACCACCUGCUCACCGGUGGCUACAUCCAAGAGGGCCUCGUCCUACCGAAACCCGAUCCCGAUCCCAAUUCCGAGUUCUCCUCUUCUUCUAUGGACUCUGUGUUACACAGGCUCAAGGCCUCGCUGUCGGAGUGCCUCUCCUACUUCUUUCCGCUGGCCGGGCGCCUGGCCUCAAAGCCCGAUGGCUCCAUCACCAUCCAUUGCAACGAUGCUGGAGUGGAGUUUGUAUAUGCCAAGGCGAUCCAUAUUACUUUAGAUGACAUCCUCGUCUCUCCAUAUGUCCCCCCCUUGUGGUUGCUUGCGGUUCAGGUUACUGAGCUGGCCGAUGGGCUCUUCAUUGGGUGCUCCUUGAAUCACGUGGUGGGUGACGGGACCUCCUUUUGGAACUUCUUCAACUCAUGGUCUGAGCUCUCAAGACACAACAACAACAACAACAACAAGGGCAAAGCCCAUACCUUAUCUCGACCUGUGCCUCAACCCUCCAAUUGACAGUUUUCCCCACCUCGAAAGCCCUCCCCCCAGCCCUUUCAUGAUCGAAUCUUCUAUUUCCCAGCCCACUCAAUAUCCCACCUCAAAGCUAAGGCUAACUCCCAAAUUCUAGAGGCCAAUUCACCAAUCUCCUCAUUCCUAGCCCUCUAUGCCCAUGUCUGGCGUGCCAUCGUUCCUGCUCGUGAGCUUCCGGAAGCACAAGAGACAUGGUGCUCUCUGUCAGUGUCAUACCGUUCAAGGUUGGUCCCACCCCUGUCUACCUACUUCUUUGGAAAUGCUAUCAGAUUGGUUUGCUUGAGGACCACAGCAAGAGAGCUUCUGGGUAGAGACCUUGGCUGGGGGGCUAAGCUCAUUCAUGAUGCCAUAGCAAAGGAGACUAAUGAGGAAAUACGCUCAUGGUUGGAGACCAAUACAAAGGUUCCAACCUUCUUUGAUUCUACACGGUUCUUCGCAUCUCCAGGUGUGGGGAUGGGAAGCUCGCCCCUGGGUGUGCGCGUGGGAUACGAUAACAGGUAUGAUGGCAAGUUGUUUGCUUUCCCAGCUAGAGAGGGCAGAGGCAGCAUUGAGCUGCAUUUUAACAUGAAUCCAAACGGCAUAGCUGCACUCGAGAGAGAUGGGGAGUUCAUGGAGGCAGUGGAAGAGAAGACCGAUUGA